AUGCCAGGAUACUUUGUUAACGACAUUAAUUCAUGCGUAGAUGAAUCACUGAUCGGUUAUGUUCGUAUGUACAGUCAUUUAGAAUUAGUUGGACGAGCAGUUAUUACACGAUCACCAAUACCAUCCGUAGCCGUUAUUAGUGGAAAUGGAUCGGGCCAUGAACCAGCAAUGGUUGGAUAUGUUGGUCGUGGAUUAUUAACUGCAUGUAUAUCAGGUUCUAUAUUUGCAUCACCACCAUCAGCAGAUAUUUUCCGUCUAAUUGUGGAAAUGAAACGUCGUGGUGCUAAACAAGUACUUUUAAUUAUUCUUAAUUACACAGGUGAUCGACUUAAUUUUGGCUUAGCCAUGGAACGUGCUCGAGAAUUAGCUAUCGAUAUUGAUAUGUUAGUUAUUGCUGAUGAUGCUGCGAUUAGUAAUGCGGUUGGACCUCGAGGCUUAGCUGGAUCUUUGUUAGUUAUUAAAAUCGCUGGUGAAUUAGCUCAACAAGGUAAAAAUAUGAGUGAAAUUGUUGAUGUUUGUCAAAAAGUACGUGGUCAUUUACGUACUAUUGGUUUGUCUGCAUCGGGUAUUCGAGCACCAGGUCAGCAACAAUCGUUUGAUUUAAAGGACGAUGAGAUGGAACUUGGUAUGGGUAUACACGGUGAAAGUGGUGUACAAAAAUUAAAGUUAUUACCAAUACGACAAACGAUUGAUUUAGCAUUACGACAACUGUUUGUUGGUCCACGUACUCUUGAUCUUCACCCUGAUGCAAGUGUACUUCUUUUUGUGAAUAGUUUAGGUGGUUGUUCAAAUCUUGAAUUAGGUAUUAUAGUCAAAGAGGCUAUUGAAAAUUUGGAACAGCAACAUUUACAUGUUAAACGUGUCAUUUGUGGGGAAAUGAUGACAUCAUUUAAUAUGAAAGGCUUUUCAUUAACUAUACUUAAACUAGCUACAGAUAUGAGUUCAACUAUAUUAAAUUUACUUGAUGCACCAACGGAUGCUUUUGCUUGGCCAAAAGCAAUUUCUCCAACACAAUCAAGCGGUAGUAUUCCAGCAGAAUCAGAUUCAUUAGAAUUUAAUGAAAAAUUCAGCUCACAAAUUGUGAUUAGUACAUCUCAUAUAUCAUUGAAUUCAUCGACUACGGAAUUAGUUAAUCAAGCACUUCAAGCCAUUAUUAAACGACUUCAUAAUGAAGUCGAUGAAUUGAAUCGAUUGGAUGCUGUUUCAGGUGAUGCUGAUACAGGUACAGCUUUUAUGCGAGCAGCUGACGCCAUAGCACGUGAUCUCGCUAAUAACAAAUUAGUUCUUCAUCGACCAUCAUCACUUUUUCGUCGUCUUGGUCUAAUUGCCGAAAGUCGAAUGGGUGGAACAUGCGGAGCAAUUUGUGGAUUAUUCUUUGCAGCUACUGCUAAACAAUUGUCUUUAUCGAAUCAAUCGGCAAUACUAAUUGAUAGUUUAAGUGAUGCAUUUGAAGCUGGAAUACAAUCAGUUGAAGCUUAUGCUCGUGUACAGCCAGGUGAUAAAAGUUUAUUAGAUGCAUUAAUUCCCGCUAUUGAUUUUAUUAAAGCGAAACGUACAAAAGCAAGUUUUACAUCACAGGAUUGGAAAGAAUUAGCACUUGUCACUGAACGCGCUGUUCAACAAACUAAAAAUAUGACAGCUAAAGUGGGUCGAGCUUCAUAUACAACAUCAGUAGAUUCUACUGUAGUUGAUCCUGGCGCUCGUGCUAUUUCUAUUAUAAUUGAAGAAGUUUGUGAUACUUUUGCUAAAGCAUCUAUUUAA